AUGAACUCCACAGAUUCUUUACCCUCCCUGCUUCCUGCUCUGCCGCAGAUCAACCUCACACCCACUCUUGGGCUGGCCUUUGUCGGGGUGGUUCUUGCGUCAAUUCUCUAUGGGUUCACAGCGCUACAGACGGUAUUCUACUAUCGGACGUAUCCCAAUGAUCGACUAUCGCUGAAGUUCUUGGUUGGAGUCUUGUGGUCCCUAAAUACCACAUCACUGGCGUUCAAAGCAUCUGGACUCUACACCUGGCUAGUCCUCGAUUAUGCACAGCUUCUCCUUCUCGCUGACGUCCCUUGGGGUAUCUAUAACGAACCUGCCAUCGUGGCGGUGAUCGCGCUUGCUAUUUCUGGUAUAUCGUAUCUGGAUAUUGAGAAGGACUUGGUGGCCCUUGGCGACACUGCUCGUAAGUGGGACUAUAUACUUGAAAGCGCAACAGUUCAUUCCUCCAAGGUUGUUUGGGAGCUCGCUCCUUUUGCCAUUUCCAUGUAUACUGUUUGGCGAAUGAACAAGGAAAAGUCGACCCUUAAUUUUGGCGGAAACCUCGGCUGGACAAUGAUAGUCGCGCUCUCUUUGGAGAGCUCAUUUAACCUUGUCGUUGCAGCCGCCCUCUGUUACCUUCUGAGGCAAGGUGCCACCGGGUUUAAAUCUCUCAACGCGCGCCAAUCAAUCCGAGAACCCUCAUCAGAGCUGAUAUACGAGCUGACAGCCCCAUCUAAUGGACGCUCUUCAUCGCGUAUUGUUGGAGUGUCGAGUAUACAAGGCCAAACGGAUUACGGCCUACGUUCGCAAAAGUCGACUGUCGCGCAGCGCGCGAGUGACGAUAUGGGUGGAUAUCCUACAGCUGUGUAA